GUUUCAGCAUCCCAUGUUUCUUUAUUAUCCCAAACGUCUUGAAAGAAGUUUAUCAAAGAAUCACGGUAUUGAAACAUUGUUUGUACUAAACGUCCAUUGUAGUUCCACCGCGUCUGAGCAAAUUUUGGAAACCUUUUGUGAACGUGAAUGUCCAAAGCGCGAAUUCUUUUCGAUGACUUUAAAAAGAAGGAAGCCAAACCAGCCAAAAUAAAAGAAAGACAGCGUUAUCAAAGACGUAAAAAAGAAGAAAAAAUAAAAUCCAUAGCUGCAGUGUCCGGUAGAACUGCCAGAGCCAUAAGACGCCGCUGGAAAGAUGCUUCUGCAAAAUAUAGAGACACGUUAAAAGAAAGUAAAAGACUAUUUACAUUAAUGGAAAACAAUACUCCCCCUUCAAGCCCAGAAGCUGCCGAUCAACCGACAGGAGGCAGUCAAAACAAUUAUUUUUAUUCACCGGAAGACACGAACACUGCUACGCCAUCUUCAUCGAGAAAAAAGUGUGGAAGAAAAGAAUAG